AUGGAGUUGCUCAAGCCAUCUUAUCCUAAAUGGGCAAUAGACGAAACUAGUGCUGAGAAGCUUAUGAACGAUGACCAAGUGACAGGUGAUAAAAUUUGUUUUGAAAUGGCUAGUAUUGAGAAGCUUAUGAACGAUGACCAAGUGACAGAACAUGAAAUUUAUUUUGAAAUGCUAAAUAAAGGGAGAAUAUUUCAUGACAUUAUUGACAUUCGCAUUACAUGUAACAUGUUGGCAUCAUUGCUUGAAUGUUAUUCUUCUGCUAACCAAAACAGCCCUCUUUUUUCCUUCUAUUUACCACCUUUGUCAUGGCCACCACCACCAACAUCCUCACAUCAUCAACACCUACAUUUUUCGCCAUCAUCUCGCACUGAUUCUCUUAGUUACUCGCCUCCCAGAGAACUCUUUCAGAUAAUCGUCGAUUUCGGUAGGGCCUUGAAUUCCAAUGGCAUUUUUGCUAAAUGCGCUACUUUUUCAACUCUUGUGCAGUUAGUUUACGGUUCUGAAAACAUUAAGGAUUUCGAGAUUGAGUGCUUAAAGAAGGAGCUGGGACACGUUUCAAAGCAGCAAGAGAACCUAGAACGAGAGUGUUCACAGCUUAAGAAGGAAAGAAAUAAGAAGGAUUAGCUUGCAUUUAUGGAUUCAAAGAAUUAGGUGAACGUUGCUAAUUUUCAUGGGUCGAGGAUUGUAAACUUAGAACAUGAAAUCCUUGUUGC